AUGCGAUCAAGUCAAUCUGUAAAUUCAUCCAUUUCCGCUAAUGGAUACAUUAAUGAUGAAAUUACAUUUUUAGCUCCUUGUCCAAAGCUAUGUAACGUUCCCACUGUUAUUGUUAUGGUGGGGCUGCCAGCCCGUGGGAAAACUUUUAUUGCUCGAAAAUUAACACAUUAUCUAAACUGGAUUGGCUAUAAAACCAAAGUUUUCAACCUGGGUGAAUAUCGAAGAAAAAAUUUUGGUGCCACUAAGCCACCUUCGUUCUAUCAUCCUGACAACAAGGAAGCUGUUGCCUCCCGCCUCAAAUGCUGUGCAUUGGCUUUAGAAGACAUGACGGAAUUUUUAAAGUCGGGCUCUGGUGAAGUAGCUGUUUUUGAUGCAACCAAUACAACAAGAGCUCGGCGUAAAUUCAUUUAUGAUCAUUGUGACAAAAACGGACACAAGGUAUUCUUUAUUGAAAGUUGCCUUGAAAAUCCUGAGAUAGAAAUGCAGAAUAUAACGGAGGUUAAAGUUGGAUGCCCUGACUAUAAAGAUAUGAACGCUGAAGACGCUAUCAAAGAUUUUAAAGCACGUAUCGAGAAUUACCGCUUGGCUUAUCAACCAUUAAGUGUGGAUUAUGAUCGUAAAUUAUCCUUCAUAAAGAUCAUGAACGUCGGAGAGCAAUACCAGAUCAAUAAAGUUGAAGGUUUCGUCCAGAGUAAAUCAGUGUACUAUUUAAUGAACAUGAACAUUAUUCCCAGAACGAUAUACCUUGUCAGGCAUGGGGAAACCGAAUAUAAUCAAGAAAAUAGAAUUGGUGGUGACCCGCAACUAUCUGAUCGUGGAGUUCAAUUUGCUGAAAAAUUGGCUGAAUUCAUGAGCGGUGAAAAUAUUCCAGAAUUAAAGGUCUGGACUAGUCAGUUAAGGAGAACAGUUCAAUCAGCAGAGUAUGUGAGUGCUGCUGUUUCUAAUGUAGUCACAGAAAAAUGGAAGGCAUUAAAUGAAAUCGAUGCGGGCAUAUGUGAUGAAUUGACAUACAAUGAAAUAAAAGAGAAAUUUCCUGAAGAGUAUAAAGCUAGAUCUGAGAGUAAAUUCUAUUAUCGAUAUCCUCGUGGAGAAUCGUAUGAAGACCUAGUUAAUCGUUUGGAGCCAGUAAUAAUGGAAUUGGAAAGAAAACGCGACAUAUUAGUAAUUUGUCAUCAAGGUGUUAUGAGAUGUCUGUUGGCAUACUUCUUGGAUCACGAACUAACUGCACUUCCGUGGCUAGAAGUACCUUUGCAUACCGUUUUCAAGCUAUCUCCAACUGCUUACGGCUGUAAGGAAGAGAAAUUUACUUUCGGCGUUGAUGCUGUAAGUACACACCAUAUUCCGUCAAUAGAGUCCAGUGAGAACUUGCAAACUGAUUUGGACUAG